AUGCGCCUCUGUGUUGUACUCUCUUUACUACUCCUCGCCCAUGCUAGUCAUGGUGCCUCGCAUCGCUCAAGCGAACGUCGGCCUCAGCCCUCCGCCUCACAUCAUAACGUCUCAGCGAAGGCCGUCAAAACGAAUAGCACCGCGAAUCAUGCCCACCGCGCUCACCACGUCCACCGCGUCCACCGCGUCCCCGAUCAUUACUUCCCCAACCGCAGCCCAUCCGGCUCCAAACCCCGCAUAUUCAUCUACUCCAGCCGCGUCGCAACCUCUCAGUCCCAGCAGGACCGCCUGCAAUAUCACCGCCCCAUAUACGGCCACGGCUCUGCGCGCCGACACAUAAGCCCUAUCGUCAUCGCCUUCGCCGUCCUGGGAGGCAUCUUUGGGCUCUUCGUGGUCGUCGGUCUCGUGCAUUGUUUGCUUGACUACAGCCGCGCGCCGCACCGGCACACGGUCAUGCCCCCCGAUUUUCGCGAGCGGCUCCUACGCGAGAUGGCGGAGAACGCAGAGAACGCGGAGCGCGACCGGCUCGCGCCAACACCUACCCCUCCCCCGCCAUACGAGCGUCCGCCGUCGUAUCAGCCGUCAUCACCAAACAUAGACGAUCCGCUCGUCGCUUCGCCUCUCCCUCAUCCUCUCCAGCCUGCUCCUGCGCCUCAUACGAUGGCACAGCAGGCAUAG